AUGGCCGCCCACGAAGAAAACCAAAGGGUCCCCCUCUCCGACGUGCUCCCUCCCCUCGUCUUUGGAACCGCGACAUUCAACUACCAAUACAACCCGGACCCUUACGAACUCGACACCACCGGCCUCGUGAAGAAGGCGCUCGAGUUUGGGAUCCGCGCCUUCGAUACCUCACCCUAUUACGGCCCUUCCGAAGAAAUUCUAGGCGCCGCGCUCGACACCGACUUCGUGCACGAAAACUUCCCCCGCGACGGAUUCUUCCUCAUCACCAAGUGCGGUCGCGUCGCUUCGGACGAGUUUGACUAUUCGAAAGAAUGGAUCUACGGCAGUAUCCAGCGAAGUCUGGAGCGGCUGAAGACCGCGUAUCUGGACUUGGUGUACUGUCACGAUGUGGAGUUUGUGUCGGAGGAUGAAGUUAUGGAAGCGAUACGGGAGUUGAGGAGGAUAAGAGAUGAGGAAGGGACGAUUCGGUAUAUCGGCAUUUCUGGAUACCCGCUGCCUGUCUUGUGCUCGAUCGCCAAGCGGGUCUUGCGCGAGACGGGUGAACCACUCGACGCUGUCAUGUCGUAUGCCAACUUCACCCUCCAGAAUCAACUCCUCGCGUCGACGGGGAUACACGAGUUGAAGGAGGCCGGCGUUGACGUCGUGCCGAAUGCGUCGCCGCUUGGAAUGGGUUUAUUGAGAAGAGAGGGUGUGCCUGUUGGAAGUAUGGGCAACUGGCAUCCUUCCAGUAAUGAAUUACGCACUGCAGUGAAGCGCGCGAGCGACUUUUGCGAUCGACACGACGAGAAAUUGGAAGUCAUCGCUAUCCGAUACGCUUUGGAGAGCUGGCUCACCAUAGGCGCAUCGGUUGGCUCUCGCGGCGAUCCAGCAUCUGGCGUUCCCUGGAAACGGGAGUCCAACAUGCAAGUCGGUGGCAGGAGGUUAGGCGUCAGUGUGAUGGGUGUCAGCAAAGCCAGCGAACUCGAGAAGACAAUGCAAGUAUGGAGGAGUAUCCUCGACGGACUGGAGAACGGUGCAGAGACCGCACGCCUGGCGGGUCGCUGGAAACGCGACCACGAAUGGAGUCUUAACCGUCAAAAGGCGAUUCAAAUAUUGGCGGACGGCAUCCAGGAGCACUUGGACGAGUAUUUGGACUUUGUUUGGGAAUCGCCGCCCAAGAACUUUAUCAACAAGCGCGCAAAGCAGCAGAACGGUCAACGACCCGAAGAGGCGCCUUGGAUGACCCCGGCUGCCAGUCCGCAGCCCGACGAGAUACCCUAUCCAGAUUCGACGCUUCCGCUGCGAUGA